AUGGACAGGCAGCAGCGCCCCCAGAGGAAGACGCUACAGUGGCAGCUCGCUCAAGAGCAUGGGCACCAGUCUCCUCCACACGGGUCUUCAUCAACUUCCAGCCAGCCAGACACCAAGAACAAUCUUCAGGAGGACCUACAAACCCAAGACUGGGUGUGUGAGCCUCCAGAGCGCAGGAGCCCGGGUAAUCGCUGGAGUGUCAGCAUCGACGAGCGCAGACGUCUGGCCAUGCUGCAUGCGCAGGGCAGAACAAACACGGCCAGGGCCCCAUCUAGAGACAUUCUGGGCCUGCAACUCCCGGUUCGAUCAACCCCAACCUCGCACAGCCAGGUCCCUGAAGCCAUGGUUGGUCACCCGCAGGAUCUUGAGCAGAUGGUGGCCGAGCUGGUGUCUGAGGGUGUGGAGAGGGAUGUGCUCUUCCUUCAUCCGCAACAUUCCACUGUGUACCACAACACCUUCCAGAACUUCUUGGCCCGGGGCACUCCUCUCUGGCAGAGUGAGAAUUACGAGGCCCAGACCUCGAGGUCACCACCCUCCUAA